CGUCUCCCUAAGGGCGGGGGGCGUCGCUCCGUCUUUCCCUCCCCGCGAGUCGCGUCCGGAGCAGCGCCGCAGCGGGACCCGGCUGCGCCCCAGGUGAAGCAGGAGCGGGGACCGUCCAGCUGCCACCAUGGUUGCCCUAUCGCUGAAGAUCAGCAUUGGCAAUGUGGUGAAGACCAUGCAGUUUGAGCCCUCCACCAUGGUGUACGACGCCUGUCGGAUCAUCCGGGAGCGCGUGCCUGAGGCACAGAUGGGGCAGCCCAGUGAUUUUGGGCUGUUCCUUUCGGAUGAGGACCCGAAGAAGGGGAUUUGGCUGGAAGCUGGGAAGGCUCUGGACUACUACAUGCUCCGCACUGGGGACACCAUGGAGUACAAGAAGAAGCAACGGCCGCUCAAGAUUCGCAUGCUGGAUGGGACGGUUAAAACAGUCAUGGUGGACGACUCCAAAACGGUCACGGACAUACUCAUGACAAUCUGUGCCCGGAUUGGCAUCACCAAUCACGACGAGUACUCGCUGGUGCGGGAGAUGAUGGAGGAGAAGAAGGAGGAGAUCACCGGCACUCUCAAGAAGGACAAGACCUUGCUGCGGGAUGAGAAGAAGAUGGAGAAACUCAAGCAGAAGUUGCACACGGACGAUGAGUUGAACUGGCUGGAUCACGGACGAACGCUGCGCGAGCAAGGUAUCGAUGACAGCGAGACGCUGCUGCUGCGACGCAAGUUCUUCUACUCCGACCACAACGUGGACUCCAGGGACCCUGUGCAGCUCAACCUGCUCUACGUGCAGGCUCGUGAUGACAUCCUGAAUGGCUCCCACCCUGUCUCCUUCGACAAGGCCUGCGAGUUUGCUGGGUUCCAAUGUCAGAUCCAGUUUGGACCCCACAAUGAGCAGAAGCACAAGCCGGGCUUUCUGGACCUGAAAGACUUCCUGCCCAAGGAGUACAUCAAGCAGAAAGGCGAGCGCAAGAUCUUCAUGGCUCACAAGAACUGCGGCAACAUGAGCGAGAUUGAGGCCAAAGUUCGCUACGUGAAACUCGCCCGCUCCCUGAAAACCUACGGAGUCUCCUUCUUCCUGGUCAAGGAGAAGAUGAAGGGAAAGAACAAGCUGGUGCCGCGGCUGCUGGGGAUCACCAAAGAGUGUGUGAUGCGUGUGGACGAGAAAACCAAGGAGGUGAUUCAGGAGUGGAACCUCACCAACAUCAAACGCUGGGCUGCCUCGCCCAAGAGCUUCACCCUGGAUUUCGGGGAUUACCAGGACGGGUACUACUCAGUGCAGACGACGGAGGGGGAGCAGAUCGCCCAGCUUAUCGCUGGCUACAUUGACAUCAUCCUGAAAAAGAAAAAGAGCAAAGACCACUUUGGGCUGGAGGGGGAUGAAGAGUCCACCAUGCUGGAAGACUCUGUGUCCCCAAAGAAGUCGACUGUUCUGCAGCAGCAGUUUAACCGCGUGGGCAAGGUGGAGCACGGCUCAGUAGCCCUGCCAGCCAUCAUGCGCUCAGGGGCCGGCGGGCCAGAGAACUUCCAGGUUGGCACAAUGCCACAGGCGCAGCAGCAGAUCACCAGUGGCCAGAUGCACCGAGGGCACAUGCCCCCCCUGACCUCGGCCCAGCAGGCCCUGACUGGCACCAUCAAUUCCAGCAUGCAGGCCGUGCACGCGGCGCAGGCCACCCUGGACGACUUUGAGACGCUGCCGCCCCUUGGGCAGGACGCCGCUUCCAAAGCCUGGCGCAAGAACAAGAUGGACGAGUCGAAGCACGAGAUCCAUUCGCAGGUGGACGCCAUCACUGCCGGCACUGCCUCCGUUGUGAACCUGACUGCAGGGGACCCGGCCGACACUGAUUACACGGCCGUGGGCUGCGCCGUCACCACCAUCUCCUCCAACCUGACUGAGAUGUCCAAGGGCGUGAAGCUGCUGGCCGCGCUCAUGGAGGAUGAAGGGGGGAAUGGGCGACAGCUCCUGCAGGCUGCCAAGAACCUGGCGAGCGCUGUCUCAGACCUGCUGAAAACGGCACAGCCAGCCAGUGCCGAGCCGCGACAGAACCUGCUGCAGGCGGCCGGCUCCGUGGGCCAGACAAGCGGGGAGCUGCUGCAGCAGAUUGGAGAGAGCGACACGGAUCCUCGGUUCCAGGACAUGCUCAUGCAGCUGGCUAAGGCCGUGGCCAGCGCAGCCGCUGCGCUGGUCCUGAAAGCCAAGAAUGUGGCCCAGAAGACAGAGGACUCGGCGCUGCAAACCCAGGUGAUCGCGGCUGCCACGCAGUGCGCCCUCUCCACCUCCCAGCUGGUGGCCUGCACCAAGGUGGUGGCUCCCACGAUCAGCUCCCCUGUGUGCCAGGAGCAGCUGAUUGAGGCUGGCAAGCUGGUGGCGAAGUCAGCGGAAGGCUGCGUGGAGGCCUCCCAGGCAGCCACCAACGACGACCAGCUGCUGAAGCAGGUGGGGGUGGCAGCCACAGCAGUGACGCAGGCCCUGAACGACCUGCUGCAGCACAUCAAGCAGCACGCCACCGGCGGGCAGCCCAUCGGGCGCUACGACCAGGCCACUGACACCAUCCUCAACGUCACCGAGAAUAUCUUCAGCUCCAUGGGCGACGCGGGGGAAAUGGUGCGCCAGGCUCGUAUUCUGGCUCAGGCAACCUCUGACCUCGUAAAUGCCAUCAAAGCUGACGCCGAGGGGGAGACGGACCUGGAGAACUCGCGCAAGCUGCUAAGUGCUGCCAAGAUGCUGGCCGACGCCACAGCCAAGAUGGUGGAGGCAGCGAAGGGGGCUGCAGCCCACCCAGACAGCGAGGAGCAGCAGCAGCGGCUCCGGGAAGCGGCUGAGGGGCUCCGCAUAGCGACCAAUGCCGCAGCUCAGAAUGCCAUCAAGAAAAAGCUUGUGCACAAGUUGGAGCACACAGCCAAGCAGGCUGCAGCCUCGGCCACGCAGACCAUCGCCGCCGCGCAGCACGCCGCCGCCUCCAACAAGAACCCAGCUGCGCAGCAGCAGCUGGUACAGAGCUGCAAGGUGGUGGCGGAUCAGAUCCCAAUGCUGGUACAGGGCGUGCGAGGAAGCCAGUCCCAGCCAGAUAGCCCCAGCGCUCAGCUCGCGCUCAUCGCGGCCAGCCAGAACUUCCUGCAGCCUGGUGGGAAGAUGGUUGCGGCAGCCAAAGCCACUGUCCCCACCAUCACGGACCAGGCCUCUGCCAUGCAGCUCAGCCAGUGUGCCAAGAAUCUGGCCGCAGCCCUCGCCGAGCUCCGGACAGCUGCCCAGAAGGCUCAGGAGACCUGUGGGCCCCUGGAGAUAGACUCGGCGCUAAGCAUGGUGCAGAGCUUGGAACGAGACCUGCAGGAAGCCAAGGCUGCUGCCAGAGACGGAAAGCUCAAGCCCCUGCCGGGGGAGACGAUGGAGAAGUGCGCCCAGGACCUGGGGAACAGCACGAAGGCCGUCAGCUCCGCCAUCGCCCAGCUGCUGGGGGAGGUGGCCCAGGGCAACGAGAACUAUACAGGGAUUGCUGCCCGGGAUGUGGCCCAGGCCCUGCGCUCGCUCAGCCAGGCUGCCCGCGGUGUUGCAGCCAACACGUCCGACCCCCAAGUGCAGAGUGCCAUGCUGGAGUGCGCUGGCGACGUCAUGGAUAAAGCCGGAAACCUCAUCGAGGAGGCGCGCAAGGGCGUGGGCAAGCCGGGCGACCCCGAGAGCCAGCAGCGCCUGGCCCAGGUGGCCAAGGCCGUGUCUCAGGCCCUGAACCGCUGCGUGAACUGCCUCCCGGGGCAGCGGGACGUGGACGCCGCCAUUCGCACCGUGAGCGAGGCCAGCAAGAAGCUGCUGGCCGAGUCGCUCCCACCCAGCACCAAGAGCUUCCAGGAGGCACAGAGCCAGCUGAACCAGGCAGCAGCUGGGCUGAACCAGUCUGCCAACGAGUUGGUGCAGGCCUCCCGGGGCACCCCCCAGGACCUGGCCAAGUCCUCCGGCAAAUUCGGGCAGGACUUCAAUGAGUUCCUGGAGGCCGGCGUGGAGAUGGCUGGCCAGUCCCCGAAUAAGGAGGACCAAGCACAGGUGGUGUCGAACUUGAAGAGCAUCUCUAUGUCCUCCAGCAAGCUGCUCCUGGCGGCUAAGGCGCUCUCCGCAGACCCCACUGCCCCCAACCUCAAGAACCAGCUGGCGGCCGCUGCACGAGCCGUGACCGACAGCAUUAACCAGCUGAUCACAAUGUGCACCCAGCAGGCUCCGGGCCAGAAGGAGUGUGACAACGCCUUGCGGGAGCUGGAGACGGUGCGGGAGCUGCUGGAGAACCCCACCCAGGCUGUCAACGACAUGUCCUACUUCAACUGCCUGGACAGCGUCAUGGAGAACUCCAAGGUCCUGGGCGAAGCCAUGGCUGGAAUUUCCCAGCAUGCCAAGAACAGCAAACUGCCCGAGUUCGGGGAGUCGGUCAGCACAGCCUCCAAGGCGCUCUGCGGGUUCACAGAGGCCGCUGCUCAGGCUGCCUAUCUGGUGGCUGUUUCGGACCCUAACAGCCAGGCCGGACAGCAGGGCCUAGUGGACCCCACCCAGUUUGCCAGAGCCAACCAAGCGAUCCAGAUGGCCUGCCAGAACCUGGUGGACCCGGCCUGCACGCAGUCCCAGGUGCUGUCAGCCGCCACCAUCGUAGCCAAGCACACCUCGGCCCUGUGCAACACCUGCCGCCUGGCCUCCUCCCGCACCGCGAACCCCGUCGCCAAGCGCCAGUUCGUCCAGUCCGCCAAGGAGGUGGCCAACAGCACGGCCAACCUGGUCAAGACCAUCAAGGCACUGGACGGAGCCUUUAACGAGGACAACCGGGAGCGAUGCCGGGCAGCCACCGCCCCCCUCAUUGAGGCCGUGGAUAACCUGACGGCCUUCGCCUCCAACCCGGAGUUCGCCACCAUCCCAGCCCAGAUCAGCCCUGAGGGGCGCAGAGCCAUGGAGCCCAUCGUCACCUCUGCCAAGACCAUGCUGGAGAGCUCGGCAGGCCUCAUCCAGACGGCCCGCUCUCUGGCUGUCAACCCCAAGGACCCGCCCAAGUGGUCGGUGCUUGCCGGUCACUCCCGCACCGUCUCCGAUUCCAUCAAGAAGCUGAUCACCAACAUGCGGGAUAAGGCUCCUGGGCAGCGGGAGUGCGACGAGGCCAUCGAGGUGCUGAACAAGUGCAUGCGGGAUGUGGACCAGGCCUCCCUGGCUGCCAUCAGCCAGCAGCUGGCCCCCCGAGAGGGCAUCUCCCAGGAGGCUUUGCACAACCAGAUGAUCACUGCUGUUCAGGAGAUCAGCAAUCUGAUUGAGCCUGUGGCCAGCGCCGCCAGGGCGGAGGCCUCGCAGCUGGGACACAAGGUGUCCCAGAUGGCUCAGUACUUCGAGCCGCUCAUUCUGGCCGCUGUCGGUGCUGCCUCCAAGACGCUCAACCACCAGCAGCAGAUGAACCUCCUGGACCAGACCAAGACGCUGUCCGAGUCUGCCCUGCAGAUGCUGUACACGGCCAAGGAGGCCGGCGGGAACCCCAAGCAAGCCGCACACACGCAGGAGGCACUGGAGGAGGCUGUGCAGAUGAUGAAGGAAGCUGUGGAGGACCUGACCACCACUCUAAAUGAGGCUGCCAGCGCUGCCGGGGUCGUCGGGGGCAUGGUGGACUCCAUCACCCAGGCCAUAAACCAGCUGGAUGAGGGACCCAUGGGGGAGCCGGAGGGGACCUUUGUGGAUUACCAGACCACCAUGGUCAAGACAGCCAAGGCCAUUGCAGUGACGGUACAGGAGAUGGUCACCAAAUCCACCACCAACCCGGACGAGCUGGGCACGCUGGCCAACCAGCUCACCAGCGACUACGGGCAGCUGGCUCACCAGGCCAAGCCUGCUGCCAUCACCGCCGAGAACGACGAGAUUGGCUCCCACAUCAAGAACCGGGUGCAGGAGCUGGGCCACGGCUGUGCUGCGCUGGUGACGAAGGCUGGAGCCCUGCAGUGCAGCCCCAGCGACGCCUACACGAAGAAGGAGCUGAUCGAGUGUGCGCGCAAAGUGUCCGAGAAGGUGUCCCACGUGUUGGCAGCCCUGCAGGCCGGGAACCGCGGGACGCAGGCCUGCAUCACUGCAGCCAGCGCCGUCUCCGGGAUCAUCGCCGACCUCGACACCACCAUCAUGUUCGCCACCGCGGGGACGCUGAACCGGGAGAAUGCCGAGACCUUCGCCGACCACCGGGAGGGCAUCCUGAAGACAGCCAAGGCGCUGGUGGAGGACACCAAAGUGUUGGUGCAGAACGCCACUGCCAGCCAGGAGAAGCUGGCCCAGGCUGCCCAGUCUUCCGUGGCCACCAUCACCCGCCUCGCAGAAGUGGUGAAGCUGGGCGCUGCCAGCCUGGGCUCCGAGGACCCGGAGACUCAGGUGGUUCUGAUCAAUGCAGUCAAGGACGUGGCCAAGGCGCUUGGGGACCUGAUCAGUGCCACCAAGGCGGCGGCCGGCAAAGCCGGGGAUGACCCCUCGGUCUACCAGCUGAAGAACUCGGCCAAGGUGAUGGUCACCAACGUCACCUCCCUGCUGAAGACGGUAAAGGCCGUGGAGGACGAGGCCACAAAGGGGACCCGUGCGCUGGAGGCCACGAUAGAGCACAUCCGCCAGGAGCUGGCGGUUUUCUGCGCCCAGGUGCCUCCAGCCAAGACCUCGACGCCAGAGGAUUUUAUCCGCAUGACCAAAGGCAUCACCAUGGCGACAGCCAAGGCUGUGGCCGCUGGCAACUCAUGUCGGCAAGAGGACGUAAUCGCCACGGCCAACCUGAGCCGCCGCGCUAUCGCUGACAUGCUGCGCUCCUGCAAGGAAGCCGCCUACCACCCUGAGGUGAACGCAGACGUGCGGCUGCGGGCGCUGCGCUACGGGAAGGAAUGCGCCAACGGGUACCUGGAGCUGCUGGAGCACGUGCUGGUGAUUCUGCAGAAGCCGAGUCACGAGCUGAAGCAGCAGCUGGCUGGAUAUUCCAAGCGGGUGGCUGGCUCCGUCACCGAGCUCAUCCAGGCUGCAGAAGCCAUGAAAGGGACCGAGUGGGUCGACCCAGAGGAUCCCACGGUCAUUGCUGAGAAUGAGCUGCUGGGAGCAGCAGCUGCCAUCGAGGCUGCAGCCAAGAAACUGGAGCAGCUGAAGCCGAGGGCCAAACCCAAGCAGGCGGACGAGAGUCUCAACUUUGAGGAGCAAAUCUUGGAGGCUGCGAAAUCCAUCGCUGCUGCAACCAGUGCCCUGGUGAAGGCAGCCUCAGCGGCCCAGAGAGAGCUGGUGGCUCAAGGAAAGGUGGGUGCCAUCCCCGCCAAUGCAGUGGACGACGGCCAGUGGUCCCAGGGGCUCAUUUCAGCCGCCCGCAUGGUGGCUGCUGCCACCAACAACCUGUGUGAGGCUGCGAACGCAGCAGUGCAGGGCCACGCCAGCGAGGAGAAACUCAUCUCCUCCGCCAAGCAGGUGGCCGCCUCCACAGCGCAGCUCCUGGUGGCCUGUAAGGUGAAGGCUGACCAGGACUCUGAGGCCAUGAAGCGACUGCAGGCCGCUGGCAACGCCGUGAAGAGGGCAUCGGACCAUCUGGUGAAGGCAGCCCAGAAAGCAGCCGCCUUCCAGGACCAGGAGAACGAGACGGUGGUGGUGAAGGAGAAAAUGGUCGGGGGCAUCGCGCAGAUCAUUGCAGCGCAGGAGGAGAUGCUGCGGAAGGAGCGGGAGCUGGAGGAGGCCCGGAAGAAGCUGGCUAUGAUCCGGCAGCAGCAGUACAAGUUCCUGCCCUCGGAGCUGCGGGACGAGGGGCAGAACUGAGGGGAGCGUGGCCAUGAGCUGAGCCUGCCCACCCCCUCUCACCACAGAGACUGCUGCCGCCG